UUUGCCUAUAUGAGCUCUCUCUUCUCGUUUCAACACCGUCUCUCUCUCUCUCUUCUCUUCACCUUCAUUCCCCAAUUCCUCAGAUUCUUCUCUCUCUGCCGCUGGGAAUAAAUUAACACAAAGUUCCCCUCUUUUUGCUCCAAAGGUCUUGUAGGAUCUCUAUGAUGAUGAUGAUGCUUUGAUGUUUGUAACUUCAAGAGGAUCCGGUCAAGAUAUGAGUCGUAGGGUGCGUCAGAGAGUGGAGGAGAAUAAGGUAGUUUCACCAAGUUGUUGUUCUGUGAUUGGCUAUGAAGAUUUAGCACCUAAGGCUCAACACUAUGUGGAUUGGACUAGUUUGUCUUACGACACUGUGCUUCUUCUGUUUACUCGGUUGAACUACCGAGACCGAGCUAGCUUAGCAUCCACCUGCAGGACAUGGAGAAGCCUCGGCGCUUCCUCUUGUCUCUGGACCUCAUUGGAUCUCCGUCCCCACAAGUUUGAUCUCUCAAUGGCCUCUUCUCUUUCAACUAGGUGUGCUAACCUUCACAAGGUUCGGUUCCGGGGCCUCGACUCUGCUGACGCCAUAGUUAACCUCAGAGCGAGGAAUCUGAGGGAGAUAAGCGGCGACUACUGCAGGAAGAUAACAGAUGCCACAUUGUCUAUGAUCGCCGCGCGCCACGAAGCUCUCGAGAGCCUCCAGCUUGGACCAGACUUCUGCGAGAGGAUCACCAGUGAUGCUGUUAAAGUCAUCGCCUUCUGCUGCCCCAAGCUUAGAAAGCUUAGGCUUUCGGGAAUGAGAGAUGUUAACUCCGAGGCGAUUGAGUCUCUAUCCAAGCACUGUCCACAGCUCAGUGAUGUUGGAUUCUUGGAUUGCCUGAACAUCAACGAGGAAGCAUUGGGGAAAGUGGCGUCUCUUCGUUACCUCUCUGUUGCUGGGACGAUAAGCAUGAACUGGAGAGUUGCAGCAGAGAGCUGGGAGAAGCUUCCGAGGCUAACAGCUUUGGAUGCUUCUAGAACCAGCGUUGACCAUGUAUCGGUUUCAAGGCUGUUUAAAUCAUCUCAGAGUUUGAGAGUUGUGUGUGCUUUGAACUGCCCUUUGCUAGAACACGAUGUGAACUUCAAAGGGAAGCUUCUGAUUGCUAAAUUCGACGAUAACUCGAAGAUGCCAAAUGAUAUAUUCUCUCACUGGAGAGAUCUGAUAAGCAAUGACGAAACAAUGCGUUGGAUUGAGUGGAUCAUUUCUCAUUCCCUUCUAAGAAUGGCGGAGAGCAACUCUCAGGCACUGAACAACUUCUGGCUCAACCAUGGAGCUAAGCUGCUUCUCAGGCUAAUGCAAAGCUCGCAAGAGGACGUACAAGAGAGAGCGGCCACAGGGCUCGCGACUUUCAUCGUUGUGGAUGACGAGAACGCUAGCAUAGACUGCGGAAGAGCAGAAGCGGUUAUGAGAGACGGAGGCAUCAGACUUCUUCUGACACUUGCUAAGUCUUGGCGCGAAGGUCUUCAGUCAGAAGCUGCGAAGGCUAUUGCGAACUUGUCGGUGAACGCUAACGUUGCAAAGGCUGUUGCUGAGGAAGGAGGGAUCGAUGUGCUCGCUGGUUUGGCGAAGUCUAUGAAUAGACUUGUGGCUGAGGAAGCUGCUGGUGGACUGUGGAAUCUCUCUGUUGGAGAAGAGCAUAAGAAUGAAAUUGCUAAAGCUGGAGGAGUGAAUGCAUUAGUCAAGCUUAUAUUUAGAUGGCCAAAUGGCUGUGAUGGAGUUCUGGAGCGUGCUGCUGGGGCAUUAGCUAACUUAGCAGCAGAUGAUAAAUGUAGCACUGAAGUUGCAAGAGCAGGAGGUGUGCAUGCCUUGGUGAUGCUAGCUCGAAAUUGCAAGUAUGAAGGAGCACAAGAACAGGCGGCUCGUGCUUUGGCUAAUCUGGCUGCUCAUGGUGAUAGCAACAACAACAAUGCUGCCGUUGGACAAGAGGCUGGUGCAUUAGAAGCUCUUGUUCAGCUGACGAAGUCGCCUCAUGAAGGUGUUCAACAAGAAGCUGCUGGUGCUCUUUGGAAUUUGUCAUUUGAUGACAAGAAUAGAGAAUCCAUUGCUGCUUUUGGUGGUGUUGAAGCCUUGGUUGCACUUGCCAAGUCCUGUUCAGAUGCAUCCACAGGUCUGCAAGAGAGAGCAGCUGGUGCUCUUUGGGGUCUAUCAGUCUCAGAAGCAAACAGCAUUGCAAUUGGACAAGAAGGUGGUAUACCGCCUCUAAUUGCUCUUGCAGGAUCUGAAGCUGAGGAUGUACAUGAAACUGCUGCAGGAGCUUUGUGGAACCUUGCUUUCAACCCUGGUAAUGCUCUCCGGAUUGUGGCUGAAGGAGGAGUUACAGCGCUUGUUCACCUUUGUUCCUCUUCUGUGUCCAAAAUGGCUCGUUUCAUGGCUGCAUUAGCGUUAGCAUACAUGUUUGAUGGAAGGAUGGAUGAAUAUGCGAUGAUAGGGACUUCGUCUGAAAGUGCAUCUAAGAGUGUUAGCUUGGCUGGUGCUAGAAUAAAAGCUCUGAAACACAUUGAGAGCUUCGUUACAACUUUCAUGGAACCUCAAGUCUUUGCAGCUGCUGCUUUAUCAUCUGCUCCAUCUAUGCUAGCACAAGUCUCGGAGAAAGUUAGAAUCCCAGAAGCUGGCCACUUGAGAUGCAGCGGUUCCGAAAUUGGAAGAUUUGUUACAAUGCUGCGGAACCCUUCUCCUAUACUCAAAGCAUGUGCAGCUUUUGCGCUUGUCCAGUUUACAAUACCGGGAGGUAGACACGCAAUGCAUCACGCAAGCUUGAUGCAGAACGCUGGAGAAGCGAGGAUCUUGCGUUCUGCAGCUGCGGCUGCGAACAUGCCUCGUGAGGCUAAGAUAUUUGCGAAGAUUGUGCUUAGGAAUCUGGAGCAUCAUCACCAGGCAGAAUGUUCAAAAGGAAAGAAAAGUGUCAUCUUAUAAUAGGAUUUGAUGAGCCUUUUGUUUUAUUAGCAUAUUUGUUUUAGUGAAUAGAAGAAUGUAUCUCUCCGAACCAUAUACAUGUCAAGAGAAAGGCUUAUGCUGCAAAACACAAAAAAACCAUCAAGACUUUUGGGUCUCAGAAGAUGUGUUUGGACAAAGAAAGGUGUUGUGAUACUAUAGUCUGUGGACUUAAAAUGUUUAUUUAUCUCCUUCAGAGAUAUUUUUCUGUAAUAAAAGACCUUAGGGAUUGA